UUUUUUUUUCUUUCUCUAUUUACGUUACAAAACAUGCUGCCUCUUAGACAUGCGCUCAGCGCGCGAAAUGCCUUGAAGACAACACGUUCAGUCUUAAACCUGAAGCAGACCCGAUUAUUUUCCUUGUCAACACCUCGCUCAAACGAACAAAAACCAGAGGCUAAAAUUCACGAUUUCCCUUGGCUAUUGAGUAAGGACGAGCCCCGCAUACCAAAAUAUCCAUAUGAAGAGGCACCUCGCGACUGGAGCUUUUUAAAUAUUUUGCCUGUUGGCGCUCAGCAUUAUUUAGGGCAGUGGUUAGGUACACGUAUUCUGCAAUUGAAUACAGGCCAUGACAAUUUUCCAGACCAAUUUUUAGUUGGAGCCAGCUUAGCUACACGUAAAGCAGUUACUUUAUUGUCUGAAUAUUUAAAUCAUCCAGAGGAUGCAGAAAAAAAAGAUGAAUUAUCACAAAUAUUAGGCCCGGACCUUUUGGAUAAAUUCACGAAAGCGACACCUCCAGAUACAGAAAUCACAAUUGAUAUUCCUCAGAUUUAUGACGUUAAUCUUGGCGAUAUCUGGGUUACAUUAGGACAUCCCAAUGCAUUUUCAGAUGAUAGAAAAUACGAGGUGUUAAGAUGGAUGACUGUUCAGAUCGGCUUACACAAAGCAGCCGUAAACGAAUAUGAGGAACCAUUCCAAGAUUAUAGACAGCGUAUCUCAAAAAGUAUUAUGGAAGGUGUACAAAUCGGUGUAGACGUAUUAAUUGAUGCCGACAUCACUUUUAAGGCCAAUAAGAAGGGCGAUAGUCAAGAUGUUAUUCUAUAUGAUGAAGGCAGACGCACUUUAAGAAUGAGAUUUGCAACCCCAUAUUUUUCUCCUGCAAGUAAAAUGGUUUCUGGAAGAGUACCUGAAACUGGUGAACCUAUUAACGAUUGGAACUGGCGUUUAGUAGAUAUAGAUCAAUUAUUAGAAAAAGAAUCAAUGGAAAGUAAUGAUGAAUAAAGAAAUUUAUGACAUUGGGAA